AUGGAUUACCUUACUCGAUUGUUAAUCAAAGCAUCCAAUGAUAAAGGUUUCAGAUUUCAUCCUAUGUGCAAAUCACUCAAUCUUGUUAAUCUUUGCUUUGCGGAUGAUUUGCUUAUUUUUUCCAAGGCUAAUCAUCAAUCUGUGCAGAUUUUGCAUUCAGCUUUUGCUGAGUUUACCUUGACUUCAGGCUUGUCUAUCAACCAUAGUAAAUCUCGUAUUUACUUUGGUGGGCUGUCCGAUGUUGCUAAGGAGUCUGUGUUGAGCUAUAUCAAUCUGCAUGAAGGGCCAUUUCCUCUGAAGUAUCAUGGUGUACCUCUUAGGCCUACCAAAUGUAAAGCCUCUGAGUUUGAAGUUAUUCUCAAGAAGAUUAGAUUGAACUUCUUGUGGGGUGUGAAGGGAACCCGCAGAAAAUUUCACCUGGCUUCUUGGGAAUUUGUCUGUCCUCCUAAAGCUUAUGGAGGGCUUGGUUUUAUAGAAGGGCCUGCUUGGAAUAAGACUAUGAUUGCAAAGUUUCUCUGGGCCAUUUCUUUUAAACAGGACCAAUUAUGGGUGAAAUGGGUGAAUACCAUAUACUUAAAAGGAGUGCCAAUCAGGGACUAUACUUUGAAACAAGAUGAUAGCUGGUAUUGGAGAAAAUUGAUCAAGCUAAGUCAUUUUGUGUCUGGACCAGAUUUGGCAGUUGCUAUAGUGCACGGUCAACUCAGGUUGGGCGAGAUUGGCUGGGCCAGGUGGUUUCCGCUACUCUUGCAGUUGCUGUCUAUUUUAUCUGGUUUAAUAGAAACAAAUGUUAUUUUGAUAAUAGUUGUUAUUCGGUUACCAAAAUUGAUCAAUUGA